CACCGGCUUGGCUUCGUUAUAACAAUAAGGCUCCUCUGACGAAGAGCCAUACUUACUUACUGUUAGUUUAGGAGAGAUUCACAUAUUAUUUAAAACUUUAAAUAAUAUUUUAUUUUUUGGAUUUUAAGUAUUUCCGUAUUCUCUAGUUUUACCUACAGUACUUAUGUUAGUAACUCUGCAUUAAGCAACCGAUUUCCAUAUUACUUGAAAACAUUUGACAUUUUAUGAUGUCUGGUAUCAUAAUAUUUCCGGCUGUUAAUAGAUAUUUGCUCAAAAUCCUUGAUUAUAAUGGUGCGGGUAUUUUUGCUUAUGGUAGUCGUUGUGACAUUUACUUCAUAAAUCUUCAAAAUAACGUACCAACAAUUCUUGAUGAAAAGUCCAUUUUAGAUGCUCAUGACAUUAAAGUGACUGCACUUUCGUUUUGCAAAAACAAAGAUGUUAAUCUUCUUGCAUCUACUGGAGAAGAUCAUGUAAUAAAAAUUUGGGAUUUUGAAACGAAUACUUGCAUUAUUAAAACAGAAGUUAAAGAAGUAUCUUCUGUUCUGGAGUGGGUGUGGAACAGCCCUAAUAUAGUUCUUUUCCCAGGAGAAUUCUCACGUGUAGCUAAGUGGAAUAUCCUGACAGGCUCUUUAACAAAAGUCAAAACUGGAUCUGAUUUGGCAAUUUCAACUAUUGUAUCAAAUGCAAAUUCUCCAGAUCUUCUUGCUGUUGGCCUAAAUAAUGGAGCAAUAAUCAUUUUGAACAUCAUAAAAGAAAGCUUGGUGUGCAAGCUACGAGGGCAUUCCAUGGAAAUAACUAAUCUCUGUUGGUCGCCGUUACAUCCUGAUACUCUGCUGUCAACAAGUAGUGAUCUUAGUGCACGAAUCUGGAAGCUAGAAGAAGAAAAAGCUGUUAAGAUAUAUCACGCAUCGUCACCAAAAUUCAAAAAUGAUGAUAAAAAGAACUUAAAGUUUUAUGGAAUUUUUCAUCCGAUGGAUCCAGAUGCAAUAAUUUGCAAUACUCCUAGGGGUGACUUCGGUUCAGUCAGUUUUAAAGAUAAUGGAAAACCAAAGUUUCACUCUUUUCUGUCUAAACCAGGGGACUCUGCAUCUAUAUAUAAACAUUUAUAUUCUGUGUUUCCUUGCAAUUACAAUAAAGGUGGAGAAUAUGUACUAUACUCAUAUGACCAGUUCAAAAUUAAUAUCUGGGAUUUGAAAGAAGAAAAAUUAGUGGGUUUUCUACCUUUUGUUCAAAGCCCCAUCUAUGAUUUAACUGUUUCACCAGUGAAUCCCAGUUUGUUGGCCAUCAGCUGUGGAGAUGGAAUAAUAAGAAUAUGGAAUUCAACUAAUGAAUUGAAAUUAAAUUUAGGAGUUGUAUAUAUCCAUUACAAGGAGAAAAUUCAUAUAGCAGCUUGGCAUCCAACUGAUGAAAAUCUACUUGCCUUUGGUACAAGCGAAGGGAGAGUGGGAAUAGCUGAUGUUUUUAAGAAAAAAGUAUUAUUUUCUUUUGAGAGUUAUCAUCAUGAACCUGUAUAUUCUGUAUGCUGGGGUCCUUGCCCAAAACUUUCAAGGAAAGAUGCAGAUUCAUUUCAGAUGCAGAUGUGGUAUGUGUAUUCGUGUAGCAAUGGUUCGGUUAAUGUUAACCGAUCCCAUCCAAAGUCAAAAGCUGUUAACUUAGAUGAUCUGAUUGAAAAGCCAGAAGAAAAGUUAGAAAAAUCAGUAUCAGAGAUUUGUUGGAAGCCAGAUUACACAUGUGUAGCUCUUGGUACCCUCAAGGGAUUUAUUGAUUUUUUCACUGACUCGUUCACAUUUAUUGCACGCUUGUUAGUGCAACUAAAAUCGGUUCACUGUAUCCGUUGGCAUCCAGAACAUACGUAUGCAUCACCAAAUGGUUCUCCUUUGAAAUCAUGGAUUGCAGCUGUAGGUAGUGGUGAUGAUAUUCAGAUUUUUGAUGCUACUGAAAUUUUGAGGGAACAAAAUGAAGAAAAGCUGAUCAGCAGGCCAACAAAGCAGUUAGUCGGUCACAGUAAAAAUAUUGAAUCACUUAGCUGGAGUCAGCAUAUGGAUGGUUAUUUAGUAUCAGGCUCUAAAGAUGGUACAGCACAGGUAUGGAAUGUUUGCACUGGAUCUUGUAUCGCUAAUUAUUCAUCCCAUAGAGCAACUGUUUAUGCUCUUCAGUGGAGUCCAACAGAUCAUGAUACCGUUUUCAGUGGUGCAAUGGAUGGGUCUGUCCGAAUAUGGAAGAUUUCAGAACAGAUCACAAAAUUUCCACCUGAUAAAGCUGUGCUGAGAAGAAGGAAGAAUGUGAAGAGAGCAGCCUCAGCUGCUGCAAAAAUGCAGCCGAAAACUGUUGAAGAGAAUGCGGAAGUAGUUCCAGAAACGAUAGAUGUCAAACACGAUGAAAAGGAGUCUGUUUCUUCUAUCAGUGAUGCUGAAAAUAAACAAGUUUUGCAAGACGGAUGUGAUAUGAAGAAUCAAGGUUUUAAGACCCCAAGAAGCUUGAAAAUUGCAAAAAAGCCUAAAUUUUUUCCCGUGCAUUCGAAGGGUGCGCGAGGCAAUAUGGAAGAGGAUCUGCAUGUGUGUAUGAGACUUGCUGAUAUGCACUAUAAUACUUCAAUGGAGGAGAAAUCUGACAAUAAAAGCACCGUAGAAGCAAAUGAAGCUAUCAGUUUAGGCCUUUUUACAGACAGGCUUACUGCCCUUCAAAUGUUUGAUCAACAAAUGAAUUGUUACAAGUCUCACGGGGAUAAACUCAAACUGUGCAAUCUAAAACUAGUGACUUGCAAUAUCGAAUCUGCAGUGAGAGGAGCGGCUGUCGAUGGAGCAUUAAACGAGUUCUUGGUGUCAUUGGCACCUUCAGUAUCCCAUACAUUUUGGCUGGAAAUGUGUGAAAAAUAUGCGAAACAGUUGUGUGAAGAACAGCUAUAUUUUAAAGCUGCAAUGUAUUUGAUGAUGUGUGGCAAAGUGUAUGAUGCUGUAAAUAUCAUGGCAGAAAAGUCAGAUCCAAUUGAUGCUCUUGCAAUGGCAAAAGUUAAUCUUCCAGAAUCAGAUCCUGUAAUAUUGGAAAUUCUUCAAGCAUGUGCAGUGAAAUAUGCUAAGCAGAUGCGGCCAGAAGGGGAAGCGAAGUGUUGCAUUGCUUUGAAUGAACCUCUCAGAGCUGCUAAAAUAUUAUGCAGUAUUCCAUCUGCCAAACAUGCAAGAGUUGCUGCAUAUGUAUGUAAAAAGUUCGGUUUGGAAAAAGAAGGCAAAGAAUAUGCAUUUAUUUGUUUGGAAAGAUGUCUUAUGGACUGUGAUAAUGAAACUUUCAGUGCUCUCUUGGAUCAGGAGCCCAGUAUCUCUAUAUACAAAGCUGUGGUUCGUGUUCAUGAAAUUUUUUAUCAACAUAUGCAUCAUCUCAAGAACAUAGAUGCUGUCCUUUUGAAAGAAAUUCUGCAGUUUGACCACACUGAUUUAAAAAGAAAAUUCUGGCGUGGCAGUACAUGCAUGAGCUCUGAGGAAUCCUUCCUUGUCUAUGUUCUUAAUACAUUAGUAGAUGAAGAAUUAUUGCCCAGAGAUGAGUCCUCUCUCCAAAAAAUGUAUGAGGCAUUGUUGAUAUUGGCUGCAAAAAGAAGUAGCUGUGAUGCUCCAUCAAAGGCCCAUAUUUUAAUUGCUACUUACAUAACGCAGUAUAUUAUCUGUACAUUACUGGGAGAUCAUGAUCUUGCUAGGAAGUUUUUUAUGAAAAUUUUCAAAGCAUCUUACAAUGUGGUUUUCUUACCUAGAAUUAUUUGCUCUCUCUUUUUGCCAUUAG